UUAUAUAUAGACGACCUAUUCAAUUCAAAUGUGUCCAGUCCCAGAGGAAGACCGACGACCCAUUCAACUCGAAGUCCCAAACAAGUUAAGAGUACUGGCCGGGCGCGCGCACCGAAGCUGUCCUCCGGUUUCUGAGUUCCGACCGAAAAACGAAGGUGGCAGAUUCCCUUUCUUUUUGAUAAGAACCGUGUCGGUUCCAACAAGUUCCAUAUCAGCAAGGAAGCCUGUAAUAAUGGAGGAAAAUAGAGUUCAACUACUAAGCUCAGAUGAUGAUCAUUAUGGAGGAGUUCGUGUAAACAUGAAGGAUCCUAUGGAUUCUAACGCCUUUUCUACUUCGCUUCAAGCUUCAAUAUCACAAUGGAAGCAACAGGAAGGAUUUCGGUAUCACCAUGCUGAAGCAGAUUUCUUAAUGCUUGUAUAUUGGAUUCCUGAAACUACUGAUACUCUUCCUGCAAAUGCUUCACAUCGAGUGGGUAUUGGUGCUUUUGUCCUGAACAGUCAGAGACAGGUGCUUGUAGUUAAGGAGAAUAGUGGCAGAUUCAAAGGAACAGGUGUUUGGAAGUUCCCUACUGGGGUUGUUAAAGAAGGUGAGGAUAUUUGUACAGCUGCAGUUAGGGAAGUCAAAGAAGAGACGGGAAUUGAUACAGAAUUCGUGAAAGUUUUAGCAUUCAGGGAAAACCACAAGGCAUUCUUUAGCAAAUCAGAUUUGUUCUUUGUUUGCAUGUUGCAACCACUCUCCUUUGACAUCCAGGAGCAGAAUCAGGAGAUUGAAACAGCCCAGUGGAUGCCAGUGGAGGACUAUGCAGCCCAACCUUUUAUCCAAAAACACGAGCUAUUCAAUUAUAUUGCCAAGAUAUGCUUAGCAAAGUCAGAUAAGGACUAUGCUGGUUUUUCUAGAAUAUCUGCAGCUGCAGUUUCUGGCAGAACAAUCUCCCUGUACGGCAGCAAUCUUGGCAAUCUGAAAGGUUUGCACCAUACUUCUGACAAUCAAGCAGUAGAAAGGCUGAUGUAACACCAAAUAGCUGUGACAAUAUUGAGGCCUGUCAUUCAUCCAAAAAUAAAAAAUAAAAAAAUAAGGUCAUACUGUAUCGAAUGUUAUACUUCGUCUAGAUUUCUUUACCAUAUGAUAUGAUUAUUCCAAAAGGCAUAUAUGUUUGUUAUAUAUGCAAUGGGUCUCUGUUAAGACCCAUUCUGUGUUUCUUUGUGCCAUUUAUUUUGCAAUGUUCAAAAGGGAGUACUCUGUACCUUAAAUUGGA